CAUUGUUAUUGACGUUCUUAUUCACCAAUAGGAGGCUUUGUCUGGAAACAUUCAUUCCCACCCUUCGAGUGAAUGCCAGAGAAUUUCUUGAUGGCGAAAAGGUUUGCAUAAAAUCAGCUGAUGUGGCAGAAUAUGAUGAUGGAAGCUGAGUAAACUGACCUGCAACCUGUUAAAAGAAAUAGAGGAACAACAGAACAUUGUCAGAAUGGACGAGUCCUUCGAUCCACUCAAGUGCACCGAGGAACUGCCUUCCUCACCUGGGUGCCACAUGGAUUAUGAUGACAUGCCAGAGUUGCAGGAGGUGGAGGAGGACCAGAGGUCUCCAGGGUUAUUUCAGGUUGGAGCAGGGGUGUCUCACCAGGAGCUCAGCUGCUCCCCCAACACCAACUGGCUCACUGAGCUCGCCAACAUUGCCACCAGUCCUCAGAGCCCACUGUUGAAGAGCGUCCUACAUAAGAGAUCAUCUCCAGUCCACAUCUUUGGCAACAGUAAUAGUUUACAUUCCUACGCCCGUCCCCCGUUAGCCAGCAGUGCACCCAACCCGUCCAGAGGCCACCUCAGGGAGCGCAGGCGUGUCAGGGCUAGCAGUGAAUCUGAGUCUGGAGUUUUCUCAAUGUCCUCAUCCUUUUCGGAUGAUGAAGACAUGGCCUGGUCUCACAACUGGCCCUCCACAGCCUGGCAUUGCUUCCUUAAAGGAACUCGCCUGCGCUUCCAUCGAGGUCCUAAUGUGGAGUGGCAGGAAGCUGAUGAACUCAGGGAUUCUGAUGAUGACUCAGAUGAUGAAACCAUGAUGCCAUCGUCCUCCUCUUUUAAGGUAAGAUAUGGUUUAGAGGGGCUGAAGUUGUUGAGCCAUGAAGAGACAGUAUCUUUUGGCCAAGCAGUUCUCAAACUGACCUUUGACCCUGGUUCACCCGAUGACGGCCUUUUAACAGCUGAAUGCCGAUUGGAUCACCCUUUUUUUGUCAAGAAUAAAGGGUGGUCUUCCUUUUAUCCAAGCCUUACUGUGGUGCAUCAUGGGAUCCCUUGCUAUGAGAUGCAGUUGGGCAAUGUGUGCCUGCCACCAAACCACCCGGAAGCCAUUAACUGUGAUGACUCGGUCGUCUUUGACACUUUCAGAAGUUAUGACUUCACCCCACUAGACUCCUCAGCAGUGUAUGUUCUCAGCAGCAUGGCUCGUCAGCGCAGGACCUCCCUGUCUAGUGGGGGUGCUGUCAGUCCAGACUGUGAGAAACUUGAGCGCUCCAGCUCUCCACAAUCCUCAACUGGCAAAUCAAACAGGAGCCACACCUCAGGGACAGCCGGUGGUGCCACGCCUACAAAAUGCAAGCGGCCAAUGAAUGCCUUCAUGCUCUUUGCCAAGAAGUACAGAGUGGAGUACACACAGAUGUAUCCUGGGAAGGACAACAGAGCCAUUAGUGUCAUCCUGGGUGACAAGUGGAAGAAGAUGAAGAAUGAGGAGAGGAGGAUGUUCACCAUGGAGGCAAAGGCUCUGGCUGAAGAGCAGAAAAGACUCAAUCCAGACUGCUGGAAACGUAAAAGAACCAACUCAGGUUCCCAGCAGACCUAGAUAAUCCCCAAAAAACCCCAGCUGCUGGCGUUUUGACAUGGAGAGGUGCUGGACAGCUUGGUGCCUCUUUGCUCUCCUGUAUUCUUGAGACUCAACUGUGAUGCUGAAUUCACUUGCUUUUUGUAACCUUAAAACAUUAGAGACAAACCAGAAAUAUGAACUAUAAACAAAACAUGUAAUCUAGUCACUAACAGUGCAUAUAUUUUCUAGUAUUUUUCAUUUCAAAGAUGUCUUAUUCCCCUUUUAUAUAAAAAUGGACCUUAUCAUUUAUUCCAGGUUAUUUCAUAUUCAAGGUAGUGAAAGCCUGUGGUGCUAUGCUUAAGUAUAGAAGGGGCAGUGAACAACAAGUGUCUAUUUAUAAUUUAAAAGGGGUAAUUUUAGCUAACUUUUUCACCACUGUUCAAAUGGAUUAUAUUUGUAAGGUUCAAUAUAUUGCACAGAUUGGUAACCCUUUGAUACAUUUUGUAAUACAGUAGAUAUUCUGCAGCUGGACUAUUGCCAACAGAUUGUGAUGCUGCCCUGCCAAGUUUUUAGAUUUUUGCCCGACCACCCAGCCAUAUGAUGAGAGGGCUUUCAGCAUGUGGUGGUGGGUUCUGUCACAAAGCACUUCAGACCUUCGCUGUAAGUCUUUGUAUCUUUUGCACUUUAUAUACAUAUGUAAUCUAAACCUAUACAGCCAUUUUAUACUGUUGCAAGCCAUUUGUAUAAUACAGCUAGUAUCUUGACCGUUUGACACAUUCAUGGCUCACUAGCCGUGUUCUGCUUUCAGGUUGCUCUCAAAUUUGAAGUGCUUUGUUCAUAAUGUACAGGUUUCACACCCCCAACAACCUCUUGCACAAAAUAUCCUUGUAUCAUAUUAUAAAUACUUUUUUAAAACUUGCAUCUUA